AUGGAGGCUACGCCUAAGAAGAUUUUAGAAUUCAUGAACAUGAAAGACCUAACAAGAGCACAUGUAGCCAGCAAAUUACAGGGUGGAAUUGUUGACACUACGCAGAAGUACAGGAACUUCUUGCAGAAAGUUAAGGAGGAAGGCAUGCAAAGGGCACACAUGGCUAUGAACUGCAACUUUACACCAUCAUACAGCUACAAGACAAGCCUACUCAACAACAAUCGUUUCAAUUCCCAACCUGGCUACGGUCGUUGUCAAAUAUCUAGCCCCAUGAUGAACAACAGUGCUGGUUUCCAUGGCUCUGUCAACUACAUGAACCGUAGACCCACCAGUGAUCUAAGCCAAACCGGAUCCACUUUGUUGCCUAGGCUCGCCUUUUUACAUGGUAUGUUGCCUUUCAAAGAGGAAGAAAGAAGCAUGUCCAGAAGAUCUCAAGCUCCUAGUUUUGGACGAUAUGGUACAACAAUCGAUGUUCCGGGUAUGAACUCUAACCUUCCUACUGGUACUACGGGUAGUAAUCACAUUGGGAUCAACAUCAAUAAAAAUGGAAAUUUGGCUGGACUUGGUGGAAUAAGCGUUCAUGGUAAUGGUUAUGGUAAUGACUCUCUUGGUGGAAUAAGCAUUCAUGGUAAUGGUAUUGGCUUCCUUGGUGGAAUGGGAGUUCACGGUAAUGGCAUGAACGACUCUUUUGGUGGAAUAAGAGUUCAUGAUUAUGGCUCUUUUGGUGGAGUAAAUGCUCAUAGUAAUGGUAUCAGCUCUCUUGGUGGAAUGGGAGUUCACGGUAAUGGCAUGAACGACUCUUCUGGUGGAAUAAGAGUUCAUGAUAAUAGCUCUUCUGGUGGAAUAAGAGUUCAUGAUAAUAGCUCUUUUGGUGGAAUAAGAGUUCAUGAUACUGGCUCUCUUGGUGGAAUAAGAGUUCAUGGCAGUGAUAAUGGUAAUGGUUCUCUUGGUGGAAUAAGAGUUCAUGGUAAUAGCAAUAGUACUGGCUCUCUUGGUGGAAUAGGAGUUCAUGGUAAUGGCAUGAAUGGCUCUUUUGAUGGAAUGAGAGUUCAUGGUAAUAGUAACAGUACUGGCUCUCUCGGUGGAAUAGGAGUUCACGGUAAUGGCAUGAAUGACUCUUUUGGUGGAAUAAGAGUUGAUGAUAAUGGUAAUGGCAAUGGCUCUCUUGGUGGAAUGGUUCAUGGUAAUAGUAGCAGUACUGGCUCUCUUGGUGGAAUAAGAGUUCACGGCAGUGGUAUGAAUGACUCUUUUGGUGGAAUAAAAGUUCAUGAUGAUGGUUAUGGCAAUGGCAACGACUCUCUUGGUGGAAUAAGAGUUCAUGGUUAUGGUACUGAUAAUGGCUCUCUUGGUGGAACAAGAGUUCCAAGUAAUGGUAAUGACUCUCUUGGUGCAAUAAGAGUUGAUGAUAAUGGUAAUAGCAAUGGCAAUGGCUCUUCUGGUGGAAUGAUUUAUGGUAAUUGUAACAGUACUGGCUCUCUUAGUGGAAUAAGAGUUCACGGUGAUGCCAUGAAUGACUCUUUUGGUGGAAUAAGAGCUCAUGAUGAAGGUUAUGGCAAUGGCACUCUUGGUGGAAUAAGAGUUCAUAGUUAUGGUACCGAUAAUGGCUUUCUUGGUGGAAUAAGAGUUCAAGGUAAUGGUAAUGGUAAUGGCUCUCUUGGUGGAAUGGUUCAUGAUAAUGGAUCUCUUGGUGGAAUAAGGGUUCAUGGUAAUGGUACUGGUAUUGGUAAUGGUGAUGAAUCUCUUGGUGAAAAUUUUAGUGGCAUGGAUUGGAAUUUCGAUAACAGCAACAGGAGUAGCCAUGGAAGUUCAACUUCUGCAUUGUCAUCCUUCUUAGACAAUAAGGAUCAGUCACAGAACAACAUGAUUUCUGAAACCGAUGGUGUGGUUUCUUUAAUAGAGAAUCCAAUCAUAUUUAAUGAUCAUCAUGGCAUCAACGAGUUUUUUUGCGAUACAAUUAACUCGCAGUUUGAUCAGAGUCAGCAUCAAGGUGCAGUGACUGGUGAAAGUCUUGGAGUGUCUACUGCUUAUCCUCUUAAUAACCAUCAAGGUGAAGUGACUCGUGAAAGUCUUGGGGUGUCUACUGCUUAUCCUCUUAAUAACGGUAACCAUCAUGAAGAAACAUUGAACCCUACUGUUGCUAAUGGGGAAAUAUACUUUCCUAAUCGGGACACGAACAUCACAAAUCAGGAACAUAAUGUUGCGGAUUUGACGGAACUCCCAUUUGCAUUCGAUCAGGAUAUUGGCACUGACGACUUCCUGAACUCUUUGCUCUACCUGGCAUGA